GUCAACAGCCUGUGUAUUCGGUCCUCAGGUUUUCUCAGUCUUUACCCUCCCCGUCUUUCUCACUUUCCUGGACGCUCAAUUGCUUUGCGCGCUUGUAUUGGCACAUAUCCCUUGCCACCCCCUCCUCACACAUUUAUUCUAGUUCUAGUCGUAGGUCAUAAUGGGAGCAUGUAUGUCUUCGGGGGGUAUGAUAGAGGUGUCGGAGGAAGAUAAGAAGAAACAUCGAGAGGCUGAGAAAUACUUGAGGGAGGCUAGAGCAAAGAUGUCUUCUCAAGUCAAGGUUUUAUUACUUGGAUCCGGUGACUCAGGAAAGUCGACAAUACUCAAGCAAAUGCGGCUUAUCCAUAGGGUGCCGUUCUCGCCAGGGGAAAUAGAGUCUUAUCGGCAACUUGUCUUCAAUAAUCUGACUACUGGCAUGAACUACCUCUUUGAGGCCAUGGAGGAUAUGGACCUCGAACCAUCUGAAGACGUAAUGUCCCAUGUGGAGCUAGUGAGAAAUGCUGUUGAUAUCCGUGACUGGGAACCUUUCCCAGCAGACUACUUCGAGCCCCUAAGGUGUCUGUGGGACGACCCCAACAUACAAAAGGCAUAUGAACGAGGCAAUGAGGCAGCUAUCCCAGAAAACUUGUCAUACUUCUACCCGGACCUAGAACGUCUCUUUGAGCCUGCGUAUCAACCAACAGAGCAAGAUAUUGUUCAAUGUAGAGCACGCACGAUCGGUAUAACGGAGACAAACUUCCAGCUUCACGACCAUGAAAUGCUUAUGGUAGAUGUCGGCGGUCAAAAGAGCGAGCGGAGAAAAUGGAUACACUGUUUCCAAGAUGUGACAAGUAUUCUCUUUUUGGUUAGUCUAAGCGGGUAUGAUCAAUGUUUGGUUGAGGACAAAGAUGCGAACCAAAUGCAAGAUGCAAUGACCAUAUGGGAUUCCAUAUGUCAUUCGCAAUGGUUUAAGCAAACUGCAAUUAUUCUAUUCCUGAACAAGAACGAUCUAUUCGAGCGCAAGAUAGUUCAUUCAGACAUCAAGAACUUCUUCCCUGAUUACGAAGGUGAACCAAGCGAUGCGAAAGCUGGUCGAGAUUAUUUCAAGAAGCGCUUCUCAAGGCUCGCUCAGAAGGCUGGACGGUCGAAAGAACGUGAAAUAUAUAUACAUGUGACAACUGCGACAGAUACGGCAAUGUUGCGAGUUGUUAUGGCUGCUGUUGAAGGCAUCGUUCUCCGAUCAAAUCUUGAAGUUGCGGCGCUGAUUUAACGUUCUUUUUUUUUGUCUUUUAUCUUCCAAUUAUCAUUGCGCGAUGCAUUGUCAACCUGCACACAUCUGCGGCAAAUUUAUGUCGACCCGUACUACUGCGCGCCGUCUGUCUGGGGUAUAAAAAAAACGGAACAUCUACUGCUGGCUCGGAUUUGCUAUUCCUGAUAACGUCACUCUCUUGCUUCCCUUUCGUCUUUGGAAACAAAUCACAUCCUGAUAUCGCAUUUCCUUUGCCUUUCUUCUGACGGAACUCGUAAAUCUGCUUCUAUCUAUGUAUUAAUGCACUUUCUUGCGGUUCCUUG